AAGCGCUUUUAGUAUUUGUUGCGAGCGGACGUGUGUUGUGCGCAACGUGAAAAUAUAAACAUAUAUAUAUUACCAAUUUGUGAUAAACAUUCCAUUGGCCAGAGUGCAACGUUAAGCUACUUUUUUUCGACAAAAACGUAACGCAACACACCCUGCAAACCCGUUUCCAACCAAAAAUCCAGCAGCACCAGCAACAACAACAACAAACAUUAACAUGUCUUCGAAUCGUGCUCCAAAGAGUGGCUUUGCGGCCGAAGCGCAGCGCAAGAUCAAUUCCAAGUACAGUGAGGAGCUGGCACAGGAGUCGCUGGAAUGGAUUAAGGCUGUGACAGGCGAGCCCAUCAACACAUCGGGCGAUACGGACAACUUCUUUGAGGUGCUCAAGGAUGGCGUGAUCCUGUGCAAGCUGGCCAAUUCCCUACAGCCCGGAAGCAUCAAGAAGGUUAAUGAGAGCAAAAUGGCCUUCAAAUGCAUGGAGAACAUUUCGGCUUUCCUCGAGUGUGCCAAGAACUUCGGUGUGCCCACACAGGAGACUUUCCAGAGUGUCGAUCUCUGGGAGCGACAGAAUCUCAAUUCUGUUGUCAUCUGCUUGCAGUCGCUGGGUCGCAAGGCCUCCAACUUCAACAAGCCAUCGAUUGGCCCCAAGGAGGCGGACAAGAAUGUGCGCAACUUCAGCGAGGAGCAGCUGCGCGCCGGCCAAAAUGUUAUCUCCCUACAGUACGGCUCCAAUAAGGGCGCCACCCAGUCUGGCAUUAACUUUGGCAACACUCGACACAUGUAGAAUCACUCACACUCGUACUUCCUAUCUCUCUCACUCACAUUCCGCAAUAAAGCCAAAACAAAAAUGAAAG